GGCGUAUUUAGUUGUCAUCUCGACGCUUGGAUCGCCGAACGAAACGCCUAACCAAAAUGUUGUGGGAGUCCCUGGCGCUCUUAGCGAUCGCCUUUGCGUUGUUCUAUCGCUGGGCAACAGCCAACAAUGAUUUCUUCAAGGAUCGGGGAAUCCCCUACGAGAAGCCAACUUUGUAUUUCGGCAACAUGGCCGACAUGUUUUUGCGGAAGAAAGCCAUGUUCGACGUAGUCUGCAAUCUCUACAAAAAAGGAGGAAGUUCAAAAUUUUUUGGUAUCUUCGAGCAGCGGCAACCACUUUUUAUGAUUCGCGACCCAGAUAUUAUAAAGCAGAUUACGAUAAAGGACUUUGACCACUUCAUCAAUCAUCGCAACACUUUCGGUACCGGCGGCGAUGAUGAUCCGCAUGACAUGAGCAACCUAUUCGGCAGCUCUUUGUUCUCCAUGCGAGAUGCGCGAUGGAAGGAUAUGCGGAGCACUUUAAGCCCGGCUUUCACCGGCUCCAAAAUGCGUCAGAUGUUCCAGCUGAUGAACCAAGUGGCCAAGGAGGCCGUGGGCUGUCUGAAAAGCGAACAGACAUCGGAAGAGGGAACUGAAUUGGACAUGAAGGACUACUCCACACGUUUCACAAACGAUGUGAUCGCCUCGACAGCCUUUGGACUGCAAGUCAACUCGUUUCAAGACCGCGAUAACACUUUUUACAUGAUGGGCAAAAAACUGACUACAUUUUCUUUCUGGCAGAACAUUAAGUUCAUGUUGUUCUUCACAUGGAAAAAACUUAGCAAGAUCCUGAAGUUGGAGCUCUUUGAUAAAAAGAGCACUCAAUAUUUCGUGCGUCUGGUGCUCGAUGCCAUGAAGUACCGACAGGAGCAUAAUAUUAUCCGUCCCGACAUGAUCAACAUGCUGAUGGAGGCCCAAGGUGUGCUCCCGACAGAGAAGACCAAGACGACAGCUGUUCGCGAGUGGAGCGAUCGCGACAUUGUGGCCCAGUGUUUUGUGUUCUUCUUUGCCGGCUUUGAGACUUCAGCCGUGUUGAUGUGCUUCACCGCACACGAGUUAAUGGAGAACCAGGACGUACAGGAAAAACUGUACGAGGAGGUACAGCAAGUGGACAGGGAUCUAGACGGCAAGGAGCUGACCUACGAGGCCAUUAUGGGCAUGAAGUAUCUGGAUCAGGUCGUUUCGGAGGUGCUGCGAAAGUGGCCACCGGCGAUUGCCACCGAUCGAGAGUGCAACAAGGAUAUUACCUAUGAGGCGGAUGGCCAGAAAGUGGAAAUUAAGAAGGGCGAUAUCAUAUGGCUGCCCACCUGUGGCUUCCACCGAGAUCCAAAGUACUUUGAGAACCCCGAUAAGUUCGAUCCAGAACGUUUCAGCGAGGAAAACAAGGAUUCGAUUAAUCAAUUUAUUUACUAUCCCUUUGGUCUGGGUCAACGAAACUGCAUUGGUUCCAGAUUUGCUCUUCUUGAGGCAAAGGCUGUUAUAUAUUAUCUUGUGAAGGAUUACCUAAUUACCCCUGCCAAGAAGUCCUGCAUUCCACUUGUGUUGGCUAGUUCCGGAUUUCAGUUGGCCCCCAAAACUGGAUUUUGGAUUAAACUUGUUCAGCGCAACUAACAAAUUUACAAGAUUUGCACAUUUAUUUAACUAUUUUGCUGUGUUGUUAACAUUUUGACAUUAUUACUUAAGUGUUUCUAUAAAAUAAAAGUUAUAGAGCUCAUAGCUAAAUAAUCAAGAGAAAUUUGUUAAAAUUUCUUCACGUUUUGUUUUUGUGGCAGUCAGCACACAUUUAACUAAUAAAUUUUGCUUGAAAGUAAUCAGAUUUAAAAUAAUCCAAGUAUCUUAUAAAUGUAAUAAAUGUGUAUAUGGACAUAUAAAAAAACAUCAUAAGAAUUAUGAAGGCACAUUGUAAAUAUAAGCUCUUACACUAUUACUUCAUUUCAAGCAGAGGAAUAGUUUUGUACAACGCGAAGGCAUGUUACUCGUAUCAGGGUAAUUACCCAUAAAUUUGAAAUGUUGUCACACAUUGGAAAUUCGUAUUAACAUUUUACAGUAAAACUUGUUGGUAAUGAAAAAUA